AUGCUUCCCAGCGCGCUGGCUUGGCACUGCGGGAGCUCCGCGACGCUCCUCAGCUGGCCCGCGGCUCCCGGCUUCGGCAGUCUGGGCAAAAGUUUUCUGAUCGAGAACUUGCUGAGGUCCGGGGGCGCCCCGCAGCCGGGCCCCCCCAGCCUGCCCGCCACGCCGAUCCCGCUGAAGCCGCGCCCCGCCUCUGCCGGCGAAGCCGCCCGCCCCCCCGGAGGGGCCUGCCCGAGCCGGCCUUGGCCGUUCCCGGCGCUCCACGCCUCGGCAGCGGACAGCAGCGGAGAAGGCGCCUUUCCAGCCAGAGCUCCUGGAGCCCGGCGAGGCUCCCCCGCCGCCACAGCUCUCCCGAAGCACUUUUUCCUCUGGUCCCCGCUGGUCUAUUCUGCAUGCUGUGGUGGGUCCUGUCAACACCCUGCCUCCCCCACUGCUUUUCCGAGACAGGAAAAUGUUCUGCCUUUUCUAACCCAGGAUUCAAGGUCCCGAAGAGGAAUUUUAAGAAGGGCUGUCUUUUCUGAAGAACAGAGAAAAGCUUUGGAGAAAAUGUUUCAGAAACAGAAAUACAUCAGCAAAACAGAUAGGAAGAAACUGGCUCUCAGUCUGGGCCUAAAGGAAUCACAGGUCAAAAUAUGGUUUCAAAAUCGAAGGAUGAAAUGGCGAAACUCCAAAGAAAAAGAAGUACUUUCCAACAAAUGCUUGCCAGGGGAAGGCCUCCAAGGGACCUAUCUUUCCAAAUCCUCUUUAAAUUUCAUUCCUCCAUCAUGCCCUGCCUGGCAAAUGUCUCAACAACAGACAAGUCCAGGGUGGCAGAAUCUUCCAGAACACCCAGACAGAUUAAGUAGCAGAAGUAUCUCACGGCCACCUACAAGACCAAACUCAUCUUCAGGCACGUUGUAUUUCUAUCAGGAAAAAGAAACCAUGGAGAAGGCAAUUAUAUCAUAAGAGAGAAAAAUGGAUGGAAUUAUUAUGUAACGUGUUUAACAGCUCAUUGACUUCUGAUGUCCCUCAGACUAAUUUUGUGUGAAUGUGGCCCAUACUUUGCUAAAGUAUAGCUCAUUGUUUGCUAAGAUCAAACUUACUGGUGAAAACUAAUUCUUUAAGAAACAUUCAGGUCUUCCUCCGUGUCCCUUCUGGA